AUGGAAAACUUCUCGCUGUUCUAUUCGAAUGACGAGGAUGCAAUCAUGAGUUACAACGAUAUCCGCAAUUUUCAAUUGGCCUGGAAUGUGAUUGACGUGAAUCGCAAGGGGGUUGUGAAAGCCUAUUACGUCCGUUUUCUGCUACGCUUGAUUCCACGAGAACGCGUUGGGUUCGAUUUGUCUCGCAAGAAAGAUCAACAGCUGUUUAAGGAAAUGUGCUACGAAGUGGAAAUGUUACGAGGUGGACGAGACAAAGAAGUCAGCUUUCAUGAUGUGCUCAUGGUCCUGGCUUAUCGUACGGUGGAUAUCACUAAAACCCUACAACUUGAGGAACUGAUUGCUCGAGAGGAAUUAGAAUACGCAAUCGAGGAGGAAGUGGCUCUUUUUAUUCCCCUAACUGCGUUUAAUCAGUUUUUGCUUUGCUUUCAGAAACAUGGCCAACUGAAGUUCACCAUGCACACAACUGUGGAUCGUCAACUCAGUUUAAGCGUGGAUGAAACCGAAGGUGGGAAGAAAUCCCUGUUAGAUUGUCCCCAGUCUCCGGCCAGUCCGGCCACUGUUAAUCCUACUGGAACAAAGAAACGACCGGCUUGUCUGAGUUUACACAAAGAAACUCAUCGGGGCAUGGAGCAACCAACGGCUGCAAGUAAAGAACGCGCCAAUAUGAUUUGUGCUCCCCUGCUUCCGGUUAAUACCGGUGGCACACCCACUACACAACCGGGUGCAGUGCCAUCGAACAUAGACAAUUCACCAUCCUCUUUAUCAACGAGUGGUAGAAGCCAUUCAUCUCAUCGUUCACGCAAAGGUUUAAGCAUUGACAAAGUCGAAUCCACCGCGCUGCUUGAAACAGAUGAGGAAAAUGAGUUGGAUGAUACUGCAGAUGCCAAAGACCACAAGAUCUCUCUGAGGUCUAAGGAAAUCACAGACAACUCGACCACAAAACUCGGUGGCAACUCGUUGCUACCGAAUGCAUUGGGCACCAACACACAUGCUAUUCGAGGUAGUUCGACAGCUGGUUUGGGGAAGUCGUUGGAAAAUUCCCUGCAUCCACCUUUUGUGGACACAUGUGCAACCAAUGUGGAUCAGAGCGCAGAUACGAAUGAAGGCAACGAUGAGAUCGUUACCAUAGAAACCGGGAAGCCAUCGUUGAACAAGUACGGCGGAAAACCGGGCACACUUAAAAAUCGCCGCAGUUUUGCACGUAGUUCUGCUCUCCCCGACGUGGCAGAGGAUUUGAAUGAACAUGGAGAUUUGCAGAUAAUUUACAAAUGCUCAACCACAGCUCAGAUGCAUGUGAUAGACGAGGCUGAAGAAAGUCAAAAUGUUAGCAAAGUGACUUCAUCAAAAUUGUCGAAAAAUCCGUCUGUAACUGUAGACAAUGCGGUAAAACGUGCUCAGACCUCAAGCACUAGGAGACAGAAAAAAGGGAAAAACUCCCCGCCAGUUUCAUCUGAGGAACCAAUAACAAAACCGAUCGUUGUCGUUCAAGAAACAACACAUGAAAAAUCAAAUCCAAUGACUCAAGCAGAUACUCAAUUGAUCCAAGAGUCAUGUGAAGAGGUCAAGAACUGGUGGCGUGCUCAGUUGAGCUACAGUCCGGUAUCAAGUCCACCGGCCGGUACAUCUGUCACUCCAACCCGAGUUUCAUCCACGACACAUUCCACACCAAAUACUGCCAUUUCUAAUGGCUCCACAAGUGGUGCUCAGUCCGGGAAAACGGACACAAUCGUCAAUAUCCCUGGUACGUAUACGCUCGGCCCAGCUGCACAUGGGAGAACGAAACAAGCUAAUCCUGCCGGUCGCUUGGCUAGUGGGACUUCUGUGGGCAAACGACGCACGGGGACUGCGGCUGCAAUUAUGCGACGCACACAAGCCACGCGUGGAAAUACACUUUUAGGUACGUGCAUAGAUGAGGAUGUGGAUAGUGAUGUGCAAUUUGACGAAGCGGAAGAACUGCUCACAUUGCGGAACUAUGCAUCGCGGUUCUAG